GAAGAAUAUAACCAAAAAAAUUUGUUUGAGUUUGAAAAUAAACAAGUAAAAUGAACGAAUACGGUUCGAAAUUGCUUCCGCCUAGCAAAGAGACCAACGCGCGGGCGGCGUGCAAGAAAUGCGGGUACGCCGGCCACUUGACGUACCAAUGCAGGAACUUCAUAAAGGUGGAUCCGGACAAGGAGGUGGUGUUGGACGUGAGCAGCACCAGCAGCGAAUCCGAGCAGGACUAUCUGACGCCGCUGACGGAGCUGAGGGAGAAGGAGCUAAAGGAGAAACUCAAGAAAGCCAAGAAGAAGAAGAAAAAGCACAAGAAGAAAUCGAAGAAGAGUAAACGAGAGAAGAGUUCGAGCAGCAGCAGCGAUGAGGAGGAAAGUAGCGAUAGUGAUGAUAGUAGAGAUAAGAAGAAACGUAGGAAGCAUAAGAAGAAACGACGAAGCUCAGAUUCCUCUAGUGAUUAAUUGAAACUUUAUAUAUUUUCAUAAUUUUUUCGAUUUGUACCAAAUAAAACUCAAUUUAUUAUA